UGUCAAGACUAGCCAGGUGUGCUUUAUCGGAGGGGAGGGGGAGAUACAUGGAAUAGCCAAACAGAAAUGCCACAUGACCUAACCACUCACAAGGCCUGUGCCUGCAUGUUUGAAAUUCAGGCCCCAAUAAAACAAUGGCAGGAUUUUAAAAAGCUCAUCAACGUACAGCAAGGAAAAAAAAUGGAAGAGAAUGAAGACUCUGAGGAAGACCACCUCACUGAUUAUGCUGUCCAAUUUAGCAUCCAGGAGUCUCUUGAAAAUGAAAGGAGAAGGAGAUCUUCUUCUCCCGAUCAUGAAACAAGGUUUGUGCCAGUCAGUGAGGAAAACCGUAAGCUUGUAGCUGCCAUAAGAGAAGGUCAUGUAUUUGAUCUGCAGAGCUAUGUGAAAUAUAAAUAUGCUUUGGAUGAAGCUGAUGAGAGAGGUUGGUUUCCUUUGCAUGAAGCUGCUGCCCAGCCAGUUCGGCAAAUUCUGGAAGUAAUUUUAGAUGCAACUUAUAAAACUAUGUGGGAAUACAGGACUUGUGAUGGAGAGACACCCUUGACAUUGGCUGCCAAAUCCGGCUAUGUGGAAAAUGUCCGGACCUUGUUGGAAAAGAGGGUGUGGCCCAAUACUACUAACAGAAAAGGAGAAACUCCUCUUCUAAUAGCAGUUAGACAGGGCUCAUAUGAGAUGGCUUCCGCUCUGAUUGAGUACAACUGUACCAUUAACCAGCCCUGUGUAAGACGUUGGUCAGCAAUGCACGAAGCUGCAAAACAGGGGCGCAAUGAUAUUGUUGCUCUUCUUCUGAAGAAUGGUGGGAAUGUACACUUGACAGAUGGAUAUGGAGUCACCCCAUUAGGUGUGGCUGCUGAAUAUGGCCAUUGCGAUGUGCUAGAGCAUCUGAUCCAUAAAGGUGGUGAUGUGCAUGCUACAGCUGAUGAUGGCUCAUCUAUCCUCUUUGAAGCAGCUGGUGGCGGUAAUCCAGACUGUAUAGCUUUGCUGUUGGAAUAUGGGGGAAGUGGUAAUUUGCCUAAUAAAGCAGGCCACCUCCCUAUACACAGAGCAGCAUACGAAGGGCAUUAUCUGGCCCUGAAAUUCCUCAUUCCAGUUACUUCCAGAACAGCAAUCCAGAAAAGUGGACAUAGUCCUGUUCACUCAGCAGCUGAAGGCCAAAACCCACAGUGCCUAGAACUUUUAAUUGAAAAUGAUUUUGACGUCAAUGCCGUUUUGGCAGAGCGCAUUUCACAAAGUUACGACGAUGAGAGGAAAACAGCACUUUAUUUUGCCGUUUCCAACAACGAUGUUCUCUCGACUCAGAUAUUACUGCAAGCAGGUGCGGAUCCAAAUAAAGAUCCCCUGAGCUGUCUACUUGUAGCGGUGAGAGCUGGGAACCAUGAAAUUGUCCGGUUGCUUCUUUCUUAUGGAGCAAAUGUCAACUGCUACUUUAACCUUGUGAAUGACACCCAUUUUCCCAGUGCCAUACAGUAUGCCUUGAAUGACGAGGCAAUGCUAAGGUUGUUGCUUAACCAUGGAUACCGUGUGGAUCUGUGUUUUGACUGCAUGCAUGGGGACAUCUUUGGAAAUUCUUUUGUGUGGUCUACACCGGAGGAAGAAAUCUUACCUGGAUGGACAUCUUGUAUAAUUAAAGAUAAUCCGUUUUGUGAUUUUAUUACUGUUCCUUGGAUGAAACACUUAGUGGGACCCAUUGUUCGCAUUUUGAUAGAUUACAUGGAUUAUGUUCCCCUGUGCUCAAAACUCAAGUUUGUGUUGGAGUCACAGAAAGAAUGGGCAGAGAUUCGUGACAUACUAGAGAAUCCCCGUCCACUCAAGCAUUUGUGCCGCCUGAAAAUAAGGAAAUGUAUGGGAUUAGAGAGGACACGGAAGCCCCUGACGAUGAAGAAACUUCCUCUUCCAUCUGUUCUUAAAGCAUACAUCCUAUACAAAGAUUAUGACCUUUAUGGAAGGGGGCUAGAUGUGGAAUGAUUGUUCUGAUCCAAGAGGUAUGGGAGUAGCUGUGCUGAGGUUGAAGGUGCCACCAUUGUAUAUCAUGGAGCCAAAUCCUACAGUGCCCUGUUGCCGUCAGAAGGGAUGUUUAAAGCAUCUUGUUCUUGAAGUUUGCAUGAGGAAAGUAAAGCCAAAUCCAAAGAUGUCCUUCCAUGUGCACAAUCACGGGCGUGGGAAUUCCCUUUCAGACAUUCUUUGUGAUAGUACUGUGUAAACUCUCGCACAAAAUAAAUAAUAGGAGCACAACCCUGGAAUCUAUUUUUAUUCUUAUCUCCAGCAUUCAUAUACAUGUGUUCUGUCUCUCUCUAAUACUAUGUUUUUGAUGCAAUACAAAUAAAUUAUAAUUGCCUUGCUCAAUACGUAUCGAAAUUACAUGCAGUGCUUGACUAUAAAUCAUUGUGUAUGUGUGCUAAAGCCGAAGGAGACUGUGG